AUGCAAGUCUCGGAGCGGCGGGCUAUUUCAAAGAAAUCUGGGAACAAAGCAAAGCCUGAUAAGCAAAUAGCCAAGGCAGAUUGGAAGGACAGCUUCAAGAAGAAGCAAGCUGGCGUUUCUGACAUGACGCUCCUUACGACCAUAUCCAAUGAAUCCAUCAACGAAAAUCUCAAGAAACGUUUCCAAGUUGGCGAGAUCUACACGUACAUUGGACACGUAUUGAUUUCAAUAAAUCCAUUCAAAGACUUGGGCAUUUACACGGAAGACAUCCUUCGCUCUUACAAGGGCAAGAACAGGCUCGAAAUGACCCCACACGUUUACGCUAUUGCCGAAUCCAUGUAUUACAAUAUGUCCGCGUAUCAGGAGAACCAAUGCGUUAUCAUCUCCGGUGAAUCUGGUGCCGGUAAGACUGAGGCUGCCAAACGCAUCAUGCAGUAUAUCGCUGAAGUCUCUGGCGGUCAUGAUAGUUCGAUCCAGGGUAUCAAGGAUAUGGUCCUAGCUACAAACCCCUUGCUUGAGAGCUUCGGUUGUGCAAAGACGCUCAGAAACAACAACUCAAGUAGACAUGGAAAGUAUCUCGAGAUUAUGUUCAAUCGUUCUGGCGAGCCUGUUGGUGCCAGAAUCACUAACUACUUGCUGGAAAAGGGCCGUGUUGUUGGUCAAAUUAACGACGAACGUGACUUCCACAUAUUCUAUCAGCUCACAAAGGGUGCUUCCCAAGCACAGAGAGAGGCAUUCGGUUUACAAGGCCCUGACGCUUAUGUGUAUACCUCCCGCGCUGGUUGCUUGGAUGUAGCCGGUAUCAAUGACGAAAAAGACUUCUCAGAGACAAUCGACGCAAUGAACAUAAUAGGUCUUAGCGGCGAAGAGCAAAACGAGAUCUUCCGAAUGCUUGCCUCGAUCCUUUGGCUCGGUAACAUAGUCUUUGUUGAAAACGAUGACGGAAAUGCCCAACCUGACGACCCAGACACACUCGAGUUCAUCGCUUACCUGCUCCAAGUGAGUAAGGCAUCGUUAGAAAAGGCAGUCACGUGUCGCGUCAUGGAAACUCAGAGAGGUGGUAGACGUGGAUCAGUCUAUGAAGUGCCCCUCAACCCAGCUCAGGCCACCUCAGUUCGCGAUGCUUUUUCCAAAGCCAUAUACAACAACCUGUUCGAGUGGAUCGUUAGCCGUAUCAAUAGAUCUCUUGCACCAGCUCAAGCGAGCGACUACGUCAUCGGUAUUCUUGAUAUCUACGGAUUUGAGAUUUUUGACGAUAACUCUUUCGAACAGCUCUGUAUCAACUACGUCAACGAAAAGCUUCAGCAGAUCUUCAUCGAGCUGACUCUCAAGAAAGAACAGGAAGAGUAUGCCAUGGAACAGAUUCAAUGGCAGCCUAUCAAGUUCUUCAACAACAAGAUUGUCUGUGAUUUGAUUGAAGAGAAGCGUCCCCCUGGUAUCUUUGCUGCACUCAACGAUGCAUGUGCUACUGCCCAUGCGGACCCCGCCGCGGCUGACAACUCAUUUGCCCAACGUCUGAACAUGGUCUCGAACAACCCGCACUUCAACCUCCGCGGAUCUAAAUUUGUCAUCAAGCAUUAUGCAGGUGAUGUCACUUACAACAUCCAGCAAAUGACAGACAAGAAUAAAGAUGCACUGUUGAAGGAUCUUUUGAACCUUAUCGACGAAUCUAGCAAUUCAUUCCUACAAGGAUUGUUCCCAGAGAGACCUGAUCCUAACUCGAAAAAGAGACCACCUACUGCCGGUGACAGAAUUAAAGUAUCUGCAAACUUGCUAGUGGAAAAGCUUAUGGCAUCUCAGCCAUCUUACAUACGUACCAUUAAACCCAAUUCAAAUAGAUCACCCACAGAGUACGACGAUGCUGCAAUACUUCACCAAAUUAAAUAUCUAGGAUUGCAAGAGAAUAUAAGAGUUAGAAGAGCAGGAUUUGCGUAUAGAAAUUCUUUUGAAAAAAUGAUUGAACGAUUUUACCUCUUAUCCCCAUCUACCAGUUACGCAGGCGAUUAUAUCUGGCAGGGAGACGCUAGAUCUGGAUGCGCACAGAUGCUCACUGACACCGGCAUAGCCAAGGACGAAUGGCAGUUGGGUAUAACAAAGGCAUUCAUCAAGAAUCCUGAAACACUUUUCGCUUUGGAAACUAUGAGAGACAAAUACUGGCACAACAUGGCCAGUAAGAUCCAGCGUUCAUGGCGUGCCUAUCUCCGUAGAAGACAAGAGAGCGCGCAGAAGAUCCAACGAUUCUGGAUGUCGAAGAAGGAGGGUAUCGCUUAUGAGAAAAUAAGAACAUACGGACACCAAUUGCUGGACAAUAGAAAGGAGAGAAGAAAAUUCUCACUAGUCAGUCAGAGAAGAUUCAUGGGUGAUUACUUGGACGUCAACGGCGGUAGUCCUACUGGUGAAAUGCUCAGCCGCACCUGUGGGAUUGGCAAGGCAGAGCCAGUAUCUUUCUCCUCUCGCGCAGAGAUCAUGGUUUCUAGGUUGGGAAGAACGUCAAAACCAAGUCCGAGGUUCAUAGUCUUGACGAAUAAAGCAUUCUACAUUGUCGUGACCACCAAAGAAGGAACGACUGUAGAACGUAAGAUCCUCGUAGGUUCGGUCAAAGGAGUUUCAUUCUCCAAUCUUCAAGAUGACUUUAUAGUGCUCAACUUGGGAGCUACUGAAGAAGGCGACCCAAUAUUAAUAGUCAAGUUCAAGACUGAGCUUGUCACCCAGCUAAAUAGAGUCGCAGGUGGGACGAUAACUGUAAACGCAGGACCAACUAUCGAUUAUACCAAAAAGAAGGACAAAAAGGCGCAGAUCAAGGCAGUCAAAGGGGACACAUCGGCAGUGAAGGCACAGGAGAAGAUCAGCGGCGCAGGAUACAAAUCUCACACUAUUACUAUUGGAGGUGGAGAGCCAGCAUCAAGUGUGUCGAGACCACCUGUUCCACGAAAAGCGCGACCAGCCAAGAUGGCUACCAAGAGGGGAGCGCCAAGGUCAACAGCAGCACCACGCAGUGUUCCGUUACCUGGAGGGAAAGGUAAGCCUUCGUUGAGUACGCCGGUGCCUGCACCAGCGGUCAGGACAACACCUCCAGUGCCAGCUGUGCACGAGGCUGGGACCAAGGCAGGAGGUGGAGGUAAAGGUGCGGCAGCAGCUCCUCCAGCACCAGCACCAGCACCUACUCCCGCCACUCCACCACGGCCACCGGCCAGACCUGCCUCGCCGGCAAAGGACCUGUGGAAAAGUGUCCAUCCCUUCGAUACCCAAGAAAGUGGGGAGCUGUCACUAGGGAAAGAUGAAGUAGUAGAAGUUUUGAAUCAGGAUGCGUCAGGCUGGUGGCUUGUUAGGAAUGACAGAGGGGUUGAGGGGUGGUGUCCGUCUACGUAUUUGAAUAAAGCACCACAGCCGCAGCAGCAGCCUAAGCCAGCAGCUAGGGCAGUGCCACCUGCACCUGCACCGGCUCCUGCGCCUGCGCCUGCUCCUGCUCCUACGAGCGCGCCAUCGAAUGGGACGAAGAAGGCACCACCGCCAGUCAAGGCCAAGCCAGCUGUAGCACCAAAACCAAAACCAAAGCCAGGUAUGAAUGGUGAUGCGCCUGGUGAUGCGCCUCAAAUGAGUAUGCCAACUAAUGGAGGGGCUGGGUUCGGAAAUGAUCUUGCAGCCGCACUUUCAAAGCGUCGGCAGCCAGGAGCGGAUGAAGAGGAGUGGUAG